CAUUUUUCAUGACAAACCGAAUACUGAAGGGGACGGUGUAUGAACGGGAUUUAUAAAUAUCUGCUCCCUAAAUACGUGCUUUUGUGCUUAUCUCCGGGCAGACAGAUCCCCCAGCCUCGAUGUGGAUCGCAUAGCCCUGUAACAGAAGGCCAUUACCAUCAUCCGAUUGGGUAGCAGAGGCUGGAGAUCGGAGGGCGGGGUGAUCCAUACCUAAGGAUCCGGCUGAGGAGCGCUGUAGUACGGCGAGCCGGAGCUGCACGUCGGAGCGCUUCCUGGAAAGGAGGCGUCUGACGCUUCUCGUUAACGGAGUCUUAAGUAAAAUAAAAAUGCAAUGUAAAGCAACCAAACGGGUUCACCAUGUCUGCCGUCUGUCCGGGGUUUAUAAGGUAAGAGUGUUCCAUGAAGUCAUUGUGCAUUGAUUUCCAUUCGCGUAGACAAAAGGACGAUUGGGUGUGAUUUAAAGGGGCGCAGUCAGCUGGUCCAGAAACGGCUCCCCUUGUUUCAUCAAACGUCACUCCAUUAGUGACACUGCAAGGGCUGCUUCAUUCUUAAUGUGAGGUUUUAUUUUGCAUAGAUGAAUUGUAGUUAUAAUCACUUUCGUCCUAAAAUUCUCAGUUUUGAGACAUGAUCGAAUACUGCACAUCGCGAUUUUUUUUCGUUUUUUAAUAUUGAUGACAAAAUAUGUUUUGUGUAAUAUUUGGCAUGAAGGGGCUUUUCGCCAUGCCACGACACGUUCUCCUAUGUGCCUGAAAGGGAUACGGUGAUAGAAAAUAAAAACUAAACGGUCUUUCCCGGCUCUGAAGAAUAAACUGUGGGACCGUUGUGCUUUUUAGAAAAGCUGGGUGUUUUGCACAAGACGACAGUUAAUCCCGAAUGUGCAUUUUGGUGGCAUAAAUGUAUUUAGUGUGGCUGUUCCUUGUGUCUUUAUCUGCUGAUUGGAGUGACAGUGAAAACGGGGAGUCGCGACUGCCAAGCCGGAGGCAUGAGCGACGCCGCCCUGAUUCCCUGUUCAACGUCCUUGCAUUUCCCAAAUACUGAGCAGCCCUUACUUUCUUUAAAGCAUAGUGAAGCAGUUUAUCAUCGUUGAAUUUUUUGCUGGUUAGCUUUUUAAGUGUAAGUGUGUGUGUGUGUGUUCAUAAACCUUUUUCCACAAUCGGAUAUUAUAACAAAAGCAGUUGGGAUAUUAGUGGCCUAAUGUAUUUGGGUUCCUGUUCAUUGUUCAUGUUGCAAGAUACGGGCGAAGUUCUGUCUUGGUUUUACUCAGAUGUCGUGCAUCUGGUUUUUCACCAGGGUGCCGACCUGUGACCGAGAGGUCUUUGGUUCGAAUCCCAGGAAGGACAUCAUAGUGUAACAUUGAAUACAGUACUAAACCACUAUAGUAAAACACAGUCUGCUGCACCAUAACCACAAAUUAUAAGCCACAAAACACUAACAACAAUCAUUUUUACCCCCUCCCCUUGUUCAAGCAGAAUGAAGAGUGGCAGUGAGUUCCCCACCCAAAGCCAGCACUAGCUAGUAGCCCUGAACCAGUGGAGCCGAAGGUGACUUGAGGUGAAAUGGCUGAGCCUGACCUCAGCAUAGAGCAGGUGGAGCCCGCAGAUCCUGAUAGCCCACAGACCGACUCGCUGUCGAGGUCCGAGGCCGCGGCGUGCCCAACGGAGGAGGACACGGGGACUGCCACGCGGAGGAAGAGGAGGAAGAAGGAGCCCCGGCCCGAGUCCAUAAUCGUAUACCGCUCCGAGGUGGAGAGGGUCCCCACAGAGGAGCAGGGUGGGGAGGAAGGGGCCGAGAAGAGCUCAGAGGAGGGCGCUAAAUUUCUCACCACAUCCAGUGAGGAAGGUGGCUGGAGCGUGCCGCCCGACAGCCGCUAUGUGACCCUCACCGGCACCAUCACGCGGGGGAAGAAGAAAGGUCAGAUGGUCGACAUCCACGUGACGCUGACGGAGAAGGAGCUUCGCGAGCUGGCCAAGUCCAAAGAGCGCCUGGAUGCCGAAUGCGAGGGAGCCGGCGAGGCCAAGCCCUCCUGCAACCUGGGCCUCGGUCAGGGGCCCCACGUGUUGCUCUGGAGCCUGUCCUGCGCCCCUGUGGUCUUCCUCCUCUCCUUUGUCACCUCCUUCUACUACGGCACGCUCACCUGGUACAACGUCUUCCUGGUAUACAACGAGGAGCGGACUUUCUGCCACAAGAUCACCGUGUGCCCGUUCCUCAUCAUCUUCUACCCCGUGCUGAUCAUGGCCGUCUCGGUGUCACUGGCACUGUACUCCGCCGUGGUGCAGGUGUCCUGGGCCUUCGGCCGCUGGUGGCUAGCCGUGCGUGACCUGGAGAAGGGCUUCUGCGGCUGGGCGUGCGGGAAGCUGGGUCUGGAGGACUGCUCUCCCUACAGUGUGGUGGAGCUUCUGGACUCCGAUACUCUGUCUGGGAGCGUUCAGGGAAAACCAACGGGAGAGAACCUGCAGACGACCUCCGUGUGACCGCGUGAACCAGUCUGGACAUCUUAGGUGGAACUUAAUAUUUUUUUUUGUGUCCUAAGAGAAUUUUUUUUUCUGCACUCUUCUCUGUCACCCCUGGUGGUGCAUGCAGUCUGCAAAAAAGAAUAACUUUCCGUUAUUCAGAACCUGCACUGCUAUCAGAACUUUAAGGGGGAACAGAUCCUAAAUAUCUCCUCAAACUGCCUUCUCCAUCUUUUGAUAUGGGUUCAUUCAUUGUUCUCCUCUGUUUCCGAUGGCAACCAUCACUGUCAGAAGGUGAGUCUGCGCUUCAGAAUUUGAAAAGGGUAAUUUUUUUUGUAACAUUUCUCUGUCUCCUAUGGAAAUUAAGAUAAUGGUUUAAUCAUGAUUUUAUUAGGCCAAUUGUAAGACUGAUACUACCUGCGGUAUUGUGUCACUGGGGCCCCUCCCCUCGACUUUCUGCUGAAAAAGGCCCCCGUGGAUGCAGUCUCUGCUAACUGUUAGCCCCCAUCGUUUUAUUUAAGCUAUUUAUUUAACUUAUUUCACUAGCCGGCUGGUGAAGGAGGGUCUUGGUUCUGGUUCUAGACAGGGACCCCAGUAUAGCUUGGCCAGAACUCCCUCUCUCUCUCUCUCCCCCCCCAUCCAUGGAAAUUGGAACCCGUUUUUGAGGUCGGACAAUGUGCACAUUCAUUGGAAGUGACUGUCGGGCUUAGAGCAGAGGUGCACUUCUUCCGAGAGCGGAAACAGCACUGCAUGUGUCACCCUCUCUAUAUCUGCAUAGAUCUUUUUUUGCUUUCAUUCAUAAAAGCACCUUUUUUACAGCGGGGAUGGACCAUGGCAAUUAAUCUGCCUAGUGACCCUGAAUCCUCUGAUACUCGUGUGUGUGUACAUUUUUUUUUUCGUUGCUGUUUUCAAAUAAGUUUACACUAAAUGAGUUAUAACUGUAAUAUCAGUCUGUUUGUGAAGGUCAAUCAUGUUUAAUUUGCCAUUAUGCUCUUUGCGUCAUAAAUCUGUUUUUAUUUGUGUAUCGCUCACAUUUCACCAAUUUGUUCACGUAUUUAUUAUGUAUUUACAGACACGUGUAGCAUCGUUCCAUAUGUUUUUCCCUUUUGAGUCUGUUGUCAUAUUAAAUAUGGUAAAUUGUGGCUUUUCACGCUGCUGCACUGUGACCCAUAUCCUGAUGGUUAGCUGGUGCAAACCGUUACACUCUGACUGCCACAUGUUAACUGACAGUGUAAGACGCGUAAUUGUGCGAACGAAACCCAUUCUCUUCUGUUUGUGGCUGGGUGGACAACACCUGACACCUGUCAUUUCCUAUUGGUUUGUUUUAUUGUUUAAACAAAGCCCACCAGCCAAUCAGAUGUGCAAAUUGGCUUAACUAUUACAGAGGAUGGAUACAUGAAACACCAAGCACAAGGAUGUUAAAGGAUUUUAACUCAUUAAAACAAUUUAAUGUUUCAGUUAA